AUGGGUCAAAGUAACGGGAAGCCGGUUGUCUUCACCGACCAAGUCAACCUCAAUCAUUUUAGACUCCUGCGAGUCGUAGGAAAGGGAGCCUUCGGCAAAGUGCGCAUCGUCGAACGAAAAGAUACAGGUCUCACCUUUGCACUCAAGUACAUUAGGAAAGAUGAAGUCGUACGGUCCGAGAGCGUCCGAAAUAUCAUUCGCGAGCGACGCAUGCUCGAACACCUCAACCACCCGUUCCUGUGCAAUCUCCGAUACAGCUUUCAGGACAUUGAAUACCUCUACAUUGUCGUCGAUCUUAUGAACGGCGGUGAUCUCCGAUUCCACAUCUCCCGAAAAACAUUCACCGAGGACGCCGUCCGGUUUUGGAUAUCAGAGCUUGGAUGUGCGGUCAGGUAUAUCCAUCAGCAAGGAAUCGUGCAUCGGGAUAUCAAGCCAGACAAUGUGCUGCUUGAUUCCGAAGGUCACGUCCAUUUGGCAGAUUUUAAUGUGGCUUCCGAUUUCACCCCUCACAAACCCCUCACCAGCAAGUCUGGUACCUUGGCUUAUUUGGCUCCGGAAGUCUACGAAGGCAAGGGCUAUUCGUGUGAGGUUGAUUGGUGGUCACUCGGCGUGCUUUUCUACGAGUGUAUAUAUAACAAGCGACCCUUCGAGGCUAGCAGCCAUGACUCGCUAUCACAGAAGAUCAUGAAGGGAGAACCUACAUUCCCGGUCACCAACCCGCCGGUUUCCAUGCCCUGCUUACAUGCCAUCAGCUCGCUCCUCGAGAAGAACAGGAAGAAGCGUAUCGGCGCCAUUGGCUUCGAUACCUUCAUGGAUAACCCUUUCUUCCGUGAGAUCAACUUUGCCGCUUUAGAACGCAAAGAGGUCGACCCUGUCUUCCUCCCGUCGAGCGACAAGACCAACUUUGAUGCUACGUACGAUUUGGAAGAGCUCCUGCUAGAGGAGGCACCCUUGGAGGCACGCGCCAGGAGACAGAAGCCACGUGAAGCACUGAAAGACGAUGCCACUGAGCAAGAAAUUAGGGCGGAAGAGCUGCACAAGAUGAUCGAGACGCUGUUCGAGCCAUUCAAUUACCAAAUCGUUACCGAUCAGCGUCCAGCUGCCGUCACCACCUCCACCAUUGCGGACGAGACGACCACUUCCCGCAUCAGCAACAAUAGCAACAGCGCUCACACUCCAACCUCUUCCAGCUCACCACAGGAGUGGAACCGGCCGCUCUCCAACCCAAAGACCUCGCAAGACGAACAACUUCGCCCGACUCGGUCCGUGACCAACCCCCGUUCUACGACACAUUCGCCCAACGGCAGUCCUCCCCUUCCGACCACAUCCCUCGUACAGGGUCAGCCAACCACCAGCUCGCCUUCGUCUCAACGCGGAGAGCGUGCCGAUUAUUUCCCUGCCGAUGGUACUGAGACGUCGACUCCAUCGUUUUCGCGGCCGAUGAAUAGCCGGCGAGGCCCCCAGCGCAGUACUAGCAUGGGCGGAGGCGUACAGGUAGUACUCAACGAGACCGGCUCGUGGUCCGAUAUGGCUAAUCAGAGCUCUUCGCUUGUACAGGCCCAAAAUGCAGAGAAACCAAGCGGCAUGCUCGGUUUCCUCUCACGGAAGAAGGGACGAGACAGGAGCCCAAAGGCAAAAGAGAGGGGUGUUCUCGGCAAAGAGGGUGCGCGCGUCAUCAUCAGCAACACCUAA